UGCUUCCAGAAAAGAGCAUCUGCUGCAGCAGGCUCAGAAGACUUUUGCAGAUGCUAGAGUGGCCCAGUGUAUAAGGGAUCUGGCUGAGAUGAAACUUUUGCAGGACAAACUUACAGCCAGCCACUUCACAAACUGGGAUGAGAGGAUCCAGCGGCUGGAGACCAGAGUGGCUGAUCUGGGAACUCAGCAGUCAAAGAUCGUGGAUGCUAUCCAGAAUCUGACUGCUCAGUUAACAGCAGCCAACGUCAUCAGUCCCCUGGUCCUUGUGGUCCCUUCUCUGAAGCCCAAGAAGCCUUCUCAGCCCCCUUCUCCACCUCCUUCUCCACCUCCUGUGUCUCCUCACUCUUCUCGCAAGGCUUCUCCCUCUGUCUCCUCCCAGGCCAAAGCCACACCUCCUCCCACCUUUGUUGCUGUUGUUGCUGGGGACCACAGAGGUCCCAAGAUCCCUGCCCCCAGCAAAUUCAAGGGGGAUGACCCCAAGAUUGAUGUGGGGGACUGGGCAGCUGGAACCCGGGCUUAUCUGAAAGGGUUCCGGUGCCCAGAGCAACAAAAGCUCAGGCGACAGCUUGAGACCCUGACCAGCAAAGGCUGGAUCAGGCCUAGCACUUCUGAAUUCGGUGCUUCAGUCCUCCUUGUUCCAAAGGGGAGUGGUGAGUUCAGAAUGUGCAUAGACAACAGGGGUCUCAACAAGAUCACUAGGAAGAGCACAGAGCCACUUCCUAGGAUCGAUGACCUUCUGGAUAUGGUCCAAGGCUGCACCAUUUUCAGCAAAGUCGACCUCAAAUCUCGCUAUCACCAGAUUGAGAUGGCAGAGGAGGGCGUCCACAAGACGGCCUUCAAAACCAGGUAUGGUACUUAUGAGUACCUGGUGAUGCCAUUUGGACUUUGCAAUGCACCUGGCACAUUCCAGACUGAGAUGCACCGCAUAUUCAGGCCGUACCUGGAUAAGUUUAUGGUUGUCUACCUGGAUGAUAUCCUGGUAUUCACCAAAACUAUCAGGGAACAUGCGGAGCAACUGGCUCUGGUUCUUCUGUCGUUACGUGACAGCCACUAUAAGAUCAACAGGGAGAAGUCCUCUUUUGGAGUUCCCUCUGUUAUCUACCUGGGUCAUGUGAUCUCUGGAGACGGACUGGCCCCUGAAGCAGCCAAGAUUGCUGCUAUUCAGGAUUGGCCACAGCCCCAGACAGUGAGAGAUGUCCGGUCUUUCUUGGGUCUGGCCUCAUACUACAGAAAAUUCGUCAGGAACUUUUCUGCAGUGGCUGCACCCCUGACUAACCUUACAAAGAAAGACACUCCCUUUCUUUGGUCUCUUCACUGCCAGCUGACCUUUGCACGACUCAAUCAAGCCUUGACUCGUGCACCUGUUCUGAAGUUGCCUGACCCCACCUUGCCUUUUGUGCUGACUACAGAUGCUAGCCAGUACGGCAUUGGGGCAGUCCUUCAGCAGGAUGAUGGGAAUGGUCUGAGACCUGUAGAGUUCAUGAGUAAGAAGAUCAAGACCCAGAAGCUUCAGGACUCUACCUACGAGAAAGAGCUUAAUGCUCUUGUCAGUGCCCUGAAAUACUGGAAACACUUUCUCAUGGGCUGGCACUUCAAGAUCUUUUCUGCUCAUUCCACUUUGCAGUGGUUGAAGUCCCAGGGAGAGUUGAAUGAUAAGUUGGCACGUUAUAUUCAGUUCAUUGAUCUGUUUGACUUUGAACUGAAGCACAAGAAGGGCUGCUACAACAAGGUAGCUGACGCCCUCUCUCGUAGGCCUGACUCUUUUGCGCUGAUCUCCUCUACUCAUCCCUUUGGAGAGGAGGUCCGUCAGACCAUUGCUCGUUCACUGCCUCAGGACCCGACUUAUGGACCCAUCGUCAGGAAUCUGCAAGCAGAUCCCAACUCUGAACCUGGCUAUGCCCUGAGUUCAGACCUGCUGUAUACCUACAGCAGAGGAGAGGAGCGCUUGUGCAUCCCUGAGGAUCAGCAGCUGCGGACACUGCAGAUGUCAGAGUGCCACGAUGCACGUGGACACUUUGGGUUCCUAAAGUCGUAUACAGCCCUGUCGCAGCGCUUCUUCUGGAAGGAGAUGCGGAGUGAUAUGUUGCGCUAUGUGGACACCUGUGAGCUCUGCCAGAGGAACAAGGUUCAGCGUAAACCUCCUUUGGGAUUGCUCAAACCUUUGCCCAUACCUGAUGGUCCUGCCCAGUCUGUAUCCAUUGACUUUACAGACUUAGGCAAGACUACCCCUCGUGGCAUGCGUCAGGUUAUGGUCUGCGUGGACAGGUUUUCCAAAUACGCAGAGUUCAUCCCCUUGCCGGAGGUAGCCAGGGUACCGGCUGUGAGAGCAGCCUUUUCUGAGAGGUGGGUCACACACCAUGGACCGCCCACCUCUAUUGUUAGUGACCGAGACCCCAGAUUCUGCAGCGAUGAGUGGCAGUCCUACUGCAAGGACUAUCUGCACUCACGCCUGAACAUGACUUUUGGUCGUCAUCCUGAAGCCAAUGGAUUGGCUGAAGUGAUGAACCAAGUCCUGUUCCAGUUGCUACGUCCUGUGAUCUCUCCCGAUCAGCAGGACUGGGAUCUCCACUUGGUAAGGGCACAACUCAUGUAUAACAUGUCUGUCCACUCCUCGACAGGGUUCAGUCCCUACCGAUUACAUUGGCGACGUGAGCCACGACAGCCUCUCGAUGACAUCAUCGACAAGGCUAAGCCUGACCUUACCCCAGGCACUGCAGAGUUCGCCAAACGCUAUCGUCUGGAUGUGGAAAGAGCCCGGGGGAACUUGUUCAAGGCCCAAAAGGCCAUGAUUGAACAAGCAAACCGCCACAGGCGGCCUUCCCCCAUCCGCACUGGGGACUAUGUCUGGGUGGCCAGUUCUGAGUUGUCGAGGGAGGAGGAUAUUUCUCCCAAGCUGUUGCCGCGCUACCUGGGUCCGUGGCAGGUUCUAGAUACAGUGGGCGCUGAUCCCUUCGGUCCGUCGUACGUCAUCGACGUUCCGCUGACGAACCUAUCCGGUCUUUCAUGCAUCUAAGCUAUUGCCUUUUACGGCAGCUGAUGCAUUCCCUGACCGGCCCCCUCAAUGAAGCCCACCAAUCCCU